CACCUGGAGGGGGAAGACUUGUACAGACACCAUCGCCACCAGUGAUAGCUCACUGCAGGUCAUCUACAACCAGCGGCCCACCAUGAGCACUACGUUAGCCCUCACGCUGAUGGGCCACGUGGACCAUGGCAAGUCAUCCUACGCCGACUCCCUCCUCGCCUCCAAUGGCCUCAUCUCCCAGCGACAGGCGGGCAAGAUCCGGUACCUCGACUCUAGGGAGGAUGAGCAGGAGCGCGGCAUCACGAUCGAGUCCAGUGGAAUCCGUCUAGGCUUCAAGAUGCGGAGAAAGGGAGAAGAUGGUCAGCCUGGGCCAGUCCAAGACUGGACGCUCAACCUCAUCGAUACACCUGGGCACAUUGACUUCAGCUCAGAGGUCUCUACUUCCUCCAGGCUCGUAGAUGGCUGCCUCAUACUCGUUGAUGCCCUGGAGGGUGUAUGUACGCAGACCAUUAAUGUGCUCCGGCAAGCUUGGAUCGACCGAUUGAAGCCCAUCCUCGUGCUCAACAAGGUGGACAGGCUGGCGGUAGAAGUGAGAAUGACUGCUCACGAAGCAGAGGCGCAGCUGCAAAGAGUCAUCGAGCAGGCCAAUGCCACCCUCGCAGGCUUCUGGGCAGAAGAGAGGAUGCAAGAAGAAGAAAAGGAGAGGGAGGCAGCUGAAGCAAAGGGCGAGGAGUUCACCGCAAAGGUGGAAGUAGACGGAGAAGAGGCAGAUGCUGAGCUCUACUUCGACCCUGCCAGAGGCAACGUCAUCUUUGCAUCUUCCAUGUAUGGCUUUGCCUUCAGGCUACAUUCCUUUUCCCAUCUUUAUUCGACCAAGCUGGGUCUGCCGGAGGAGAAGUUCAGGACCUUCCUGUGGGGAGACUGGUACUUUGAUGCAAAGGGCAAGAGGAUGCUCAACCGCAAACAGGCAUCAAAGCUGUGGGGCGAAGGCAGGCUUGGGCCUACCGCAUGCCAACAGUUCGUCAUAGACAAUCUAUGGAGAGUCUUCGAGAAGACAGUCAUUGAGCGCGACCAAGCAGCAAUCGAAAAGAUCGUAUCGACGCUGUCUCUGCCGAUCAAUGCUCGGGACCUCAAGACCCCUGAUUCGCACGCCCUCCUCUCUUCCAUCCUCUCCGCAUGGCUACCAUUGGCCCCUUGUACCUUCUCUACCAUCGUGGACCAAAUACCACCGCCUCCGGUAGCACAGGGCCGCAGAGUCCCUCGUAUCCUAGACCCCACAGGGUCGAUAUGGAAGACAGACCUGAGUCGCUUCUAUGCCGACAAGAUAGGGCUUGAGAGACCUCAGGGCAGGAAUGCCGUCGAGAAGGAUCUUUUCAGUGCUAACAGGAACGAAGAGGCUUGGAGAGUCGGCGUCAUCUCCAAGAUGUUCGCAGUAGCAAAGGAUGACUUGCCUACUGACGCGGGCAAGGCGAAUGGCAAUGCUAAAGAAGAGGGCGAACAACAACGGGGAGACGUUCGCAAUCUGUCCGUCGAGGAGAGGCGGAGGAGAGCUAGGGAGGCUCGAGAGAAGCAGCAAGCUGCCAGGAACGGUGGAGAGACGCUUCAGCAAGACAAAGAAGCCGUGGAACAAGCCUCGACCGGGGGCGCGAAGAAGGAUGCAGCGGUAGACUCGGUGACGAUGCCAGUCGAGCUUUCGAAGCCUCUGUCAGUGGGCGGGGUUAACGAAGUACCUGCCACCGAUUUAGGGACGGCCCCCGCUGUUCCCAUCGAGGCAACCUACGAGAGGCCGCCCACAAUGGCGGCGCCCGAGCCAGUACAAGCUUCCAAGGUGGAGACUUCUGCUGAAGAUGAAGAAAGCAGCGAGGUACUCUUGGCUUUCGUGCGAGUGUACUCCGGCUCCCUCUCAGGAUCGACAUCAGCUGCAAGCUCGCCAUACUUCUUACUUUUGCCCAAGUACAAUCCAUCUCUGGGGCCCACACACGCUUCCAACACCAAGCACAUCAAGCGCAUCCAUAUCCAAAGCCUGUACGUCAUCAUGGGCAAGGAGCUUGUCAAAGUCGACAAGGUUCAGGCUGGAGAAAUUUGCGCUGUACGAGGCUUGGAGGGCGUGGUCGGCAGAAUGGGGACGAUCGUCGCACUCCCCGAGAGCACGAUCAUCCCCAACGACGAGUCAAAGCUCAUCUCUGAUUCUGCUCCGGGCCUUGUCAAUUUGACUGGAGGAGCUGGUCUGGCAGCACCCAUCGUGCGAGUCGCAUUGGAGCCUGACAACCCAGCUGAUAUGUCCAAGCUGAUCGAAGGCUUGCGUCUGCUGAACCAAUCGGAUCCAUGUGUUCAGACACUCGUGCAGGAGACUGGAGAGCACGUCAUUGUCACAGCUGGAGAGCUGCACCUAGAACGCUGCCUGAAGGAUCUUCGAGAGCGCUUUGCCAAGGUACCCAUCUCGGCUAGCAAACCUCUCGUGCCCUUCAGGGAGACGGCGAUCCGAGUCGGUGAAAUGGCGCAGCCUCGCUUUGGCGAAGAAGGCGAGGCCAGGGGUACGGUCAACGUCAGCGUCGCAAACGGCAUCGUUAAGCUGAAGUUGAGAGCCAAGCCUCUGCCUCUAGCAGUCACUGAGCUCCUCGAAGCCAACACUAGCACGAUUCGGAGCAUGUUGGAGAAGAGGGGAGUUGCAAGAGGAGGUGAGGAAGACACUUCGAGCGAUGUCGCGAGCGCCAGUGGCUCCUCCGGCACGGCGAGCAAGACAGUGCCUGCUUCGCAACUCUUUACGACUCUGGCGAGUCUGCUGCACAAGGCUGGCUCUUCAGCGCGAGUCUGGGAACAAGAGUGGAAGGAUGAGUCUCUAGUGGACAGGAUCUGGAGCUUCGGACCUCGGAGAGUGGGACCCAAUCUCCUCUUCGGACCUCAAGAGGGCCUCGCUGCUGGCAGGGGUCUCAAGGCUCGCCUUGCUGCAAAGGUCGGCGCUGGGAGCGGGCUGCCAACUCCAGCGGUAGUACCCAGUACGUCAGAUGAAGAUACCGCUAGCCUCACAUCAGCGCUAGCCAAAGCUUCAUUAGAGCAGAAUGGCGACGAAGCAGGCGAAGCGACCGCAUCCGCUACGAAAAGCCUCUCCUGGUCAGCAAACGACCUGCUCGAAUCGCUCGACACUGGUUUCCAGAUCGCAACUCUGCAAGGCCCUCUGUGCGCCGAACCAGUCCGCGGACUAGCCUACUUCAUCGAGUCUCUGACCGUCGACUCUGCCGCCGCGGUCAAGGCCAAUCUGCGUCUGUCUCAGGUGACGGGCUCUCUCAUCUCCUCUAUACGGGAAGCAUGCAGAAAUGGGCUGCUGGACUGGUCGCCGAGACUGAUGAUGGCCAUGUACGAGUGCGAUAUCCAGGCUGCCCCUGAUGUGCUCGGCAAAGUUCACGCGGUACUCAACAAGAGGAGAGGAAAGGUCACGAGUGAGGAGAUGAGGGAUGGAACGACGUACUUCACUAUUGGGGCUAGUCUGCCAGUGGUGGAGAGCUUUGGUUUUGCCGACGAGGUGAGGAAGAGGACUAGUGGAGCUGCUAGUCCUCAAUUAAUCUUCAGAGGCUUCGAGCUCUUCGACCUGGACCCCUUCUGGGUACCUCGCACGGAAGAGGAGCUGGAGGACCUAGGUGAAAAGGGGGAGCGUGAAAAUGUGGCCAAGAAGUACAUGGAUGGAGUGCGACGACGCAAAGGCAUGCAUGUGGACCAGAGGAUGGUCGAGGCGGCGGAGAAGCAGAGGAACUUGAAGAGCAAUUGAGCAGAUAGGGGAGACGCUAUUGCUCAUCCGUGUUGCUGCGUUGCUGCUGAUACCUAAUGCAUUUGUAGCACCAAUGU